UCAGUACUAACUUUUUUUCUUCUUAUACUUUCUAAAACUCUAUAGUAUUUUCAAUGUAAUAUAUUAAAUAAUUUUUUGUUAAAAUCGUACUCAUUUUUCGAUUUUUUGUAAACCUAGAUUGAAAAUUUGCCUACGUGUUGAAUGUAGAUUUUAUUCAGUGAUUGUAUUUUUUAUUAAACUUUUAAAUUUUUUUUGAUGAUAUUAAUUUUGUGAUAAAUCAAUUUUGUCAAUGAAACAUAAUGGAAUAUGGAUUCCGGUUUAUUUGAUGAGCAUAGUGAUUAUUCUAGUGAUAUAUCUGAAACACAAUCUGAAUUUGAAGCUCGCAUCUACAGUGUUAUCCAUUAUAAUGAUUUCUCAGGUACGACUGAAGAGCCAUUUUAUGAUCCAAAAUAUGGUGUAGAAUUUAAUGCUGCUGGUGAAGUCGUAGUAUAUCUGAAAGAUAUUAAGGAGAAUAAAAGUGAUUUUAAUGAUGAUCUAAAUGAAAUCGCUCACCAUAAGGUAAUACCUACAAUAGUUUUAGAUGAUGAAGAUAAAAAUGAUUACACUAUAAAUAGCACUUACAAUUCUAAUUAUAUCGAAGAAGAAUUUGCUGAAACACAUUUAAAAAAAAAGAAGAAAAAAAAAAAUAAAAAGAUUAAAGAAGGUAGUAUUCAGGAAUACAUUGAAUUUGUUAAAAAUAAUAAUGUUUUAAAAGAAUACAGGGAAAAAAGUGGAAUAGAUAUUAUAAAGAGUAAUAAUAAUAAUAGUAGUAAAAUGGCUUUAAAUGUAGCUUGUAAAAAUGAAAGAGCUUUGCCUAUGACAAAAAGUGAAGUUUUAAAACAAUAUCGCAUAGGUAAAUCAAAUGAGGACAGUACAUGGUAUAGAUGUCCUAAGACAUGGACUACAGAUAUGAUAAAAUUCUACACAAAAAUACAAAAAUCAAAACGUAAUUUUGAUUGUGCCGAAGAAUUAAAAAAAAUUAGAGAAACUCAAGGUUCAAAUCCACUUGAUUGGACAUUAGACCCUAGUGAUCUAUAUAAAUCUAACUUAAAUACACCAAAGAUUAAGUGUAAUUAUUGUCGACAAUAUGGUCAUACAGUCUAUUACUGUAAAGAGCAGAAUAAACCUGAAGUUUGUAUUAUGUGUGGAAUGGAAGGACAUAACUUUCAUAAUUGUGAUAAAAAAAUAUGUUUUACUUGUGGAAAACAUCAAAAUAAAUUUACCAACAAUUGCAAUAGAUGUUUAUCAAUGAGUAGAAUUAAAUGUAAUACCUGCAAUGAUUAUGGUCAUGACUCUAAAUACUGUACAGAAUCGUGGAGACAAUAUCAUAAUAUAAUUUCUACCGAGAUAGAACCAUGUGACAUAGAAUUUGCUCAAUCUUCUUCUAACUAUCAGUCUGAGUUUUUGAAUUCAUCAAAUGCAAAGACAAAUAUAUCAUUGACCUCUAUGAGUGAUACUUAUAAAACAAGUUUAUGUGUCUCAAACCAUGAAAGUAAAAAAGCUAAAAGGAAUAAACGCUAUAAAGCUAGAAGAAAAAGAAACAGUCAAAAUAAUAAUUCAUUUGUACAAAAUAAUGAUUCUGUUGCUAUUAAUGUUAACAUUCAAGACACAACAUUGAAACGAACAUUAAAAAAAACAAGUUUUUUGAAAAAAAAAAAAAUGAAAUACUAAUUGAUAAUUUGGCAAAACUUUUUACUCUAUAUUAAUAAUUAAUGACAAAUAUAAACUUUGAAAUGACUCAACUUAAAUUUCAUAUAUAAAAAUAAAAUUGAUUACUACAAAAGGUAAAAAUUAAAUUAAAUAAUGUAGUUAUAGUUUUAUCAAAUGCCUUUAAAUUUCAGUAAACAAUUUUUUAUUUAUAUUUUGAAUACAUAAACAGAUGAUUAUAAAAGUUUCUCGUAGAUUGCUAUCCAAUUUUUUUGAAGUUUUAAACACGUAUAUCUCAAUGUAUAAAAUCUUUAUUUUUUCAUAAUAAUUGAUGGUUUAACAGAUUAUUUGUAUUAGUUAUAUAUUGAUUAUUCCCAAUCAUAUUGACAUUGUUUUCCCUCAUUAAAUAUGUUACAUUAUUUUCUUAGAUAAUAAAAUUGGUUGAUUAUAAUGAAG